CUCGGCACGAACCUCUUCACGUGCUACCCUGUCGCUGGGAGGAACUCCUGCUACUCAACAAUAAGGAUGGCGGCCCCGCUGAUCUUUCAACACCGGCCGCCGUUCAGCUGCAGCAGCCGUCCUGCGGUGACACUCCCUACUGACUACAACGAACAAGGCAUAGUCGACAACCUUACAGAAAAUAAUCAGAGAAACAUGUGGGCUAGUAGAAGGAUAGAGGAGGACGAAAAAGUGUACCUAGUUCACGUCCAGGACACUGCUGGCAUCGGUCUCCCAACUACACUGGUCGUUAAGAAGUUUCAGAAUGUGCACCGCUGUAGGUCCGAGAUGCUCAAGCUAGCCACUGUCCGCCAUGAAAACAUCAUCAGUGUCCUACAUGUCAUCGAGAGGGAUGAAGCCAGCAUGCUCAUAUACAAGUACGAGGUGAAUGGCAGCCUUGACUACUGGCUGCAUCGGCGGGAGGGGGCCGGUCGUCCGCUAAGCUGGCCGGAGAGGAGGGACAUUGCCAUCGGUGUUGCCAAAGGGCUCCGGCACUUGCACCACGGAUGCAACAACCAGUUUGUCCACCACAACAUCAACCCUAACAACAUCUUGCUUGAUCAGGAGUUGAAUGCCAAGAUCGCAAGUUUUGGUGCUGCGCAGGUGAACUUGGCUGGGCACGGCCAACCAUUGCCGAUCCUGCAGUUUCCAAUUGGCAACUUUGGCUAUGCAGCUCCAGAAUAUGGCAUCGCACCAAGCCAACUGACGGAGAAGGUAGACGUUUACAGCUUCGGUGUGGUGCUGCUGGAGCUCGUCACAGGGCGAGUAGCCAAUGGAGCUGGACCUGGUGGUCAGUUGGCGAUUUGGGCACGGAACAGCUGCAACGAUCUGAUGGCAAACCAUCUGAAAAGGUUCAAGACAGAAGUGGACAUGGAAAUCCCAGAUCAAGCGCGAUACAUGAAGGAGAUGGCGACUGUGUUCAGGCUGGGAGUGGAUUGCACCGUUUGGGAUCCGCAGCAAAGGCCAUCCAUGCGGAUGGCUCUCAAACAACUCCGUCUCAGCCGUCGGUAUGGCCCAUUCCGUGGACUGCUCACCCGGUAUCUGCUUGGGAGGUCAAUGUUCUCGUUGCUUAGUUUUUCAGUUCUUACUUUGCACAGCAAAUAAGUCGUCAGACUCAGGACAGGUUCAUCUGAGACGACACAUAGUGUGGCCCGUACAUGGUGGGUGGCAUAGUGUUGGGGCACGUCCAAGUUGCUUGGUCAUAGCGUCAGAAUAUGUUGUUUUCUGUUACACUUAAAAGAAGGUAAAAGAGAAAAGCUGCAAGCUUCACGCAGCGCCAAAAUUAUGUGUGCUCAUGGUGUGUGUUUCCAACGUUCAUGUUGUGUUCUCCUAGCUUCCGUGGCAACACAAGUGCUCAUUGGAACGGAGGGAGUAGAACGGCAUCUGUAUGAGCAUAGUUCAGGUUAAAAGGACCACAUAUUUC